GAGGUCAGUUAAAUAUGUACAACCUAACACCCCUCAUUCGUGCCAUAUUGUAAGUUAGUCUAAAACCUUAGUCGUUGAAGGGAGAGUUCAGGGUUAGGAAUAUCAGCGAAGUUUUUCGCUGUGCGCCAAGGUCUAGUAAGUGUGAAAAAGACCGCUAAAAGGAAUUUAGAAAAAAGCUCUGUAAAUCGACGUCAAACCGGAAAGGAAUUUGACAUCGCACCAAAUAAGGACCACCACUGUUUGAUCCCAUUUUAUGUGGUGGAAUAUUAUAUUUUUUUCGCUUGAAUCUCCCCGGAACUAUUUUAUGUUAUUGACAACCUUGUCAGGAAACCUUCAAGUUCAACAAAGUGUGAAGAAGAAGUGUGCAUUAGUCAGUUAUUUGUUCAGGAUAUAUCACUGUAUAUACCAUGGUUAUAUUGCCCAGUUGAAUCAUAUCUUCCCCAGUAUCAACUGUGAGUUAUAGUGUAUAUUAACCAGGGAAUAUAGGGAUAGUAUAUAGAUAUAACCAUGUAAACUGGGUGUAUAAUGGACAAUUUGUACAGGAUUCAUGUACAAUUUGUAUAUAUGUAUCAAUCCAAGGAUUUAGGAUCUUUUUCUGUAGUUAAUUUCGUGUGUUUGGAAUUUCCCUAUGAGUCGAAGAGAAGAAGACUCGUCGGGUAGAAGACCGCUACUCUUUACGUUCGUCGGCAAUAACCGUCAAAUGUUGCAGGAAAUCCGCGACAAUUUAAGUCACUUGCGGAAAACGGAAGGGGAUGAGAGGAAUACAUUACAAGCUAAUAUUGAACUAUCGCAAAGUACGCCCAAUUUAUUGGAUAAAUCUACGAGUGGGAAAAUGACCCGGUUAAACUACCACCAGAAGGCGCUAGCGGAGAUAGCGGAGAGUUUACGACCGUACCAGACCGUUAGUAGUGACACGAGCAGUACAAGUAGUGCAUGUUCGACCGUAAAUGGAGAUAUAGACGUGAAUAGACAGAUGUUGUCACAGCUUGUUCAUCUAGGUCACGAUGAGGAGAUAGCCAGUAGAGCAUUAAAAUUAUGUAAUAAUAGAAGUGUUGAAACUGCUGAGGCGGUGAUGUCCAGAUUAAAGAAACAUGUUGAAGGCAGGAAUGGGAAUAGUAAAAUUUCAUCAGCUCUUGGACAAUAUCCAAAGGUGAAUCGUAAACAAAGUUUUGAAAGUAAAUAUGGUCCAAGUAGUCCUGCUGCAUCAGAUACUAACAGUGUACGUUCAGAUAGUCCCGGACUUAACACACAUCCUCAGCGUCAUCUCAUUAUAGAGAACCUCAAACCAAUGGCUAACGGACACCAGACUCCUCCUCCUUUACCGCCUAGAGUGCCAAUAGCACCACCAUUAACGCCACCUAGAGGACAGACACCGCCACCAGGUGACCUUCUUCAGGUUCCUUUUCAAGGCCAGAUAAAUAGUGGCAUUCAAUCAGCAUCUCAACCAGCCGUUAUUCCUGCUGGUCACGUUCAACAUAUGAUAAAGCUCAUGUCUCCGACAGGCGUACCGAGAGAGAACACAGCAGCCAAUCAACAGGCUUUAUUCCGCUCUCAUUUUGUUCAACAACAAUCUCCAUCUCCGACCCCAAGUCCUAACGGCAAUGCUUCCAUAAUUCCUCAACAAAGUAUGAAUCCGGUGACUUCAUUGAGUCGAUCAGUUUACGGGCAUAAUGGACAGUCUCGCCCCCUGACUCAUCAGUUACAGAGAGGGACUCUCACUCAUAAUGGUACAACCAAUACCAUAUCACAGUCAUCGGGCGUCACUGCACCACGCGUGACAAUAAAAAUGGCACACGCUCAGAAUCAAUUCAGUCAAGCUCCAUCAAGACAACCUCCAAAUGUAGUUCAUAUUCCCGGUAAUGGUCACCAUGAACAUUCUCAUUUGAUAACAUCACAAGUUGCUGCGGAGUAUGACAUCCAUGGCAACAUGCAGAACAAGAUUCCCACUUCCAAUGACGGAAAGAUUCAACUUAAUUUACCUAAACAAGUGACAGUGGCUCCUUCUCCUGUUCCGGCCGCAGUUCGGGCCUGGGGAACCAGUCACGCACCGAUUAUCAUGCACUCUGUAAAAAGUAAAGAAGUUCAGAAACCUGUCCCUCAAACAGCAACGGUACCAACUGUGCCCCCUGCAAACAAUCCAGCUUCUUCUACACCCAACUACAUAUCUUCAGUUCAGACUCAAGUUAAUGGAAACUCUGUCGCUCAAAAUAUGACGGCACAACAAGUCAACAAUAAUAAUAAUAAUAACUUACAUAAUGUCCAGAUUCAUUUUAAACGACAAAAUGGUCUGAACAUGUUGACGCCAGAACAGUUAGCGGCCAUACAAUCGCAACAAACUCAAAUACAGAUCCAUAUUCAAAAUCAAGCUGCAGGAGUCCAUAAUAAUCCACAAAACCACAUACAGAGUGUUCAGAUACAGAACAUGCAGCAAGGUCUACAACCUAAUUAUGAUUUUUAUGGACCAAGAUCCUGGCCCGACACACCUGGUUCAACACCACGAUCUGAUUCUCCCGUAUCACGGGCCACGAAUCAAUCUCCGCUCUCUGUGUUAUCUACAACUUCAUCUCCGUCAACUAAUUCUGAUAUACCCGACAAACCCCCUCCUCCUUACCCUGGCAGAUCGUAUGCUACUUAUGGACAUUUACAAGGUCAAGGUCAACCACCGUUACCUCCACGAGUGCCUUUACAACCACAUGGUAUGAAGCCGGCCCCUCAACUUCAGUCAUCUUACCCUAAUCCCCAUCACAUGAUUACCAUCCCGCCCGGACAGAUGUCAUCUGUUCACACCAAUCAAUCUAAUGCUCAACAACCCUCCACAAUAGUUCAUCCCAAUGCAAUGUCUAAUCAUCAGUGGUUGGAGAACGGUUCGUCGGAAAAACCCCCUCCACUCCCGCCUCCGCCCCAAUCUCGGAAUCCUCCGCAAAAUAGACUCAAAAACAAUCAAAAUAACUGUAAUAACUGUCAACAUUCCUUAGAACAAGGUGACGACACUGACACCGAUACAGUGUCGUCUGACACGUCAUGUCAAGAGACUCAUCGUUGUAUGUCGCCGAUUCCAGAAAGACGUCCGGAAGCGCGAGAACGAGAUCAGUUACGACGUGAUACAAAAGUUCGUAAUUAUUCUCCGCAAGCUUUCAAAUUUUUCAUGGAGCAGCAUGUGGAAAAUGUGUUAAAAUCUCACGACCAACGUUUGCAUCGCAGAUAUCAACUAGAAAACGAGAUGACAAAGGUUGGACUUUCAGAAGAAGCUGCGACUCAGAUGCGUCGCAUGUUGCAUCAAAAAGAAUCAAAUUAUAUCCGCUUAAAGCGUGCAAAAAUGGACAAAUUAAUGUUCGAUAAAAUAACGACUUUAGGGGUGGGGGCAUUUGGUGAAGUGACUUUAGUUUGUAAACGCGACCCGAAAACUCUGUAUGCUAUGAAAACACUGCGUAAAAAUGAUGUGAUAAAACGCAAUCAAGUGGCUCAUGUGAAAGCGGAAAGAGAUAUUUUAGCGGAAGCAGACAAUGAAUGGGUAGUAAAAUUAUACUAUUCAUUUCAAGAUCGUGAUAACUUAUAUUUCGUAAUGGAUUAUGUACCAGGCGGUGAUUUGAUGGGUCUUUUAAUUAAAAUGGAGAUCUUGGAAGAAAGCCUGGCAAGGUUUUAUAUAGCUGAAUUAGUUCUGGCUAUUGAAAGUGUUCAUAAAAUGGGAUUUAUACAUCGUGAUAUUAAACCAGAUAAUAUUCUAAUCGACCGGGAUGGGCAUAUUAAACUCACAGAUUUUGGAUUAUGUACAGGAUUUCGCUGGACCCAUAAUUCGAAAUAUUAUCAAAAAGACGGAAGUCAUGCUCGACAAGAUUCAAUGGAGGUCAGUAGCUGUAAUUUAGAUGAACAUUGUCGCUGUGAAAUUCUCAAACCUUUAGAACGUCGUCGAAACCGAGAACGGCAAAGAUGUCUGGCUCACUCAUUAGUUGGUACACCCAAUUAUAUCGCACCGGAGGUCCUCUUGCGACAAGGUUAUUCUUCAGUUUGUGACUGGUGGAGCGUUGGUGUGAUAUUAUUUGAAAUGUUAGUCGGACAUCCACCAUUUUAUGCUCAUACACCUAUAGAAACACAACAAAAGGUUAUCAACUGGAAGAGUACAUUAAAGAUACCAUCAGAGUCCAAACUGUCGCAAGAUUCAAAAGAUCUAAUCUUAAGAUUACUCUGUGGGGCCGAGGAACGUCUGGGUGUCAGUGGGGCAUCAGAAGUCAAAAAUCAUAAAUUCUUCGCUUCGAUCAACAUGGAUGGAUUGAGAAAACAAAUAGCACCUUUUGUUCCAAAGAUUCGAUACGCUACGGACACGUCCAACUUCGAUCCAGUGGAUCCGGAUAAAUUACGGAACAGCGACUCAGAAGAUUUGAUGAGAAGACUUGAUUCCAAAAUGGAAAAUGGCAAACAUCCCGAACAUGCUUUCUUUGAAUUCACAUUUCGACGAUUUUUUGAUGAUGCUGGCCAUCCGUGUCCCCUCCCAGACCCUAACUCCCCGGUUUAUGUUUAAAAUUGUUAAGUUUUUUUCAGUUGUUAAGAAACUAUGCCAGCCUAUUUCCAAAUUCACAACAAAUUGUUUCAGAAGCCAAUUGCUGGAUUUCAAAAGCCAACAAACUGUUGCCGAAGUCAAAUUUAUUUUGGAAGUUUUUUGGAAGUUGUAUUAGGUAACAAGGCUUAAAUUUGUUGUUUUUGUUGAAACUGCUUCAGAUUUUAAAUUAAAGAAACUGAGUCUUUUAAAAUUGAAAUGAUUUGCAAAUUUUAGAACAAAAAGUGCUGUUUUUUUUAUUUAUUUUUUAUUUUUUUAAAAAAAACCAGGGUGGGGGAUGGGGACAAAAAGUCCUAGUUGGAUUCCACAUUUUGUAAAAUCUUAAACGAGGAAAACUCUUAAAAGAGAAAAACAAAAGAAAUACAAGAGUCCGUGAAGGACAAGAGAAACUAAAAACCAAGAGCCUCUUGAAUGAAUUGUAUCCUAAUUUUGGAAACAAGAUUUGGACUACGAAUUUAUUUGGGGCUUUUUUCGACGUUAAUCUAACGAAUCCGACACAUUUUAACCAAUAUUAUGAUGUGAUUUAGCAGAGCUGAUAACGAUAUGAAGUAAUGGUGUAUAUACCUUGGCGCAUUCAUAUACCCACCCUGACGGAUAAAAAUGUUAAAUACAACAUGGAGAAUGAAACAAAAUAAGAUUUGAUAACAAAAUGUUAAAUGGGAAUUCAACUGGUCGACUUUCAAUAAUACAGAUGUCCAGAUCAUACUUUUAUUUUAUUGUCCAUCAAAUGGAAUAAAAAACUGAGGGUAGUGUUGAAUCAGAAAUAAAGUUGUUUAUGGCAGAAACAAGCUAAAACCAUAUGUCAGUCUCAAAAAAUGUAAUAAGUACCAUUUUCAUACUAUGAUAGUAGAGUAGGCUACUAAAACCUUUUGGUUACUUUUUUUCUAAAUUGUCACAGUAUAAGAAAAUCUUAUAUCUAAAUUUAUUCAUAUUUCAAACUUAGAAUCAUAAUUUAAGAAUUAUGCAAAUAAAACAUUAAGAUUAUGUUGGCCUACAGAAUUUAUAUUAUUUUUUAUUGAAGAAUAAAAAUAAUAAAAGUAUGAAAUAUAGCAACUGAUUGCACACUACCCUAUAAGAGAUAUUCAUUGUUUUGUUAAUGACCUAUCAUUGUAGUUUAAGUUAAGUUGACAGAUAAUUCUGGUCCUGUUUUAUUCAGUCUUGAAUUAAAUGAUGAUUAGAAUUCCUUUCUAUAGGCCUAUAAGGCAGGUCCAGAAUCCUCUGUUUUUGUGUAAUUAUGUUUGUAAAGUAUAUAUAUAUUCUGCUUAUAUAGAGGCUUAAUCAGCCAUGCUGAUGUCGGCUAUAAAUGCAUGACACCUGCCUGGAUGCUUGUAUGUAGUACUGUAAUAAUGUAAAUAUAUAAAUAUUCUGUCAAGCUGCAGUAGAUUGUUUUUAUAGAAAGUUUCAAUGUGUACAGAACUACUGUGUAUUAUUACCAGGCUAUAUGAAUAUUCUGUGUUCAAAAAGUGUUCAUAUGUACAUAAAGAAAAACAUCUCCCCAGUCUUUUGUACAUUAGUCAGCCAGAAUAUAUGUUAAAGGGAGAUUACCAUGUAUAUUGAGCUAUGUAAGGGAGGUAAUCCUGUAUAGAUUGUAUAGUAAGAGAGAUAUGAAAGAGAACUGUACGAGAUGAUAACAAGGUAAUAUUCUAUAAAAUAAAACAAACUGUUGUGAUAUUAUCAUA